GUAAGCUACGAGUAAAAACUACAAAAUGAGCAAAUCAUCCCUUUUAUUAGUUUCAACCAUUUUCAUAGCCAUACUAACCUCAUACUGUUGCAACUCAUUUCCACUCUCAACUCAAAAGAGAUGGAUCAUAGAUGAUGCAACAGGAGAAAGAAUGAAACUAACUUGUGCACAUUGGGUUGGACAUGCAACUCCAAUGCUUGUUGAAGGUCUUGACAAAUUGCCUAUACAAGACAUAGCUAAUCAAAUUGCUAAGUCAGGUUUCAAUUGUGUCCGUUUGUCUUAUGCUACUUACAUGUUCACACGACAUGCAAAUGAUACAAUUCGAGAUACACUUUAUAGUCUCGAUAUACCUAAGGAUGUUGUGUCGGCUAUUGAGAAACAUAAUCCUUUGAUGUUGAACAUGACACAUGUUCAAGCUUAUGAAGCUGCUAUUGAUGCUCUUGGAGAAAAAGGUGUUAUGGUGCUUAUUGAUAAUCAUGUUAGUAUGGCAGAGUGGUGUUGUGAUAAUAAUGAUCAGAAUGGAUUCUUUGGUGAUAGGCAUUUUCAUCCUGAUGAAUGGCUUCAAGGUUUGGCUUUUAUAGCUAAGCACUUCAGGGGAAAACCCAAUGUGAUAGCCAUGGACUUGAGAAAUGAGCUAAGAGGUGGACGUCAAAAUUUGCCCGAUUGGUACAAGUACGUAAGCCAAGGAGCAAGCACAAUUCACAAACACAACCCAGAUUUAUUAAUCGUCAUUUCAGGGUUAAACUUUGACAAUGACCUUUCAUUUUUGAAGAAAAAGACCCUUGAUCUAAACUUCACCAACAAAUUAGUGUACGAGGCACACAUUUAUUCCUUCUCAGGAAACCAAGAUAGGUGGAAUUUGCAACCAAUGAAUUGGGUUUGUUCCUCUGUCAUUGAAAAUUUAAACGACCAAGCUGGUUUUCUCAUUAGUGGUAACAAUCCAGUACCUUUAUUCAUAAGCGAAUUUGGAUAUGACAUGACUGGUGGCAAUGCCGUGGACAACAAAUUCAUGCCAUGCUUUGUGUCUUAUGCUGCCUCUGUUGACUUGGAUUGGAGCUUGUGGUCUUUUGGUGGAAGCUACUAUUUUAGAGAAGGCAGUGUUGGGGCUGGUGAGACAUAUGCUGUAAUGGACUAUGAUUGGAAAAAUUACAGGGACCCAAAAUUCCCUCAGAAAUUUCAGCUUCUCCAGAAGAAAAUUCAAGAUCCAACUUCAAACCUCUCAAAGUCUCAUAUAAUGUUCCAUCCAUUGACCGGUAAGUGCGCUCACGCGAAUGGGAGUAACAAUGAACUUGUAUUGGGAGAUUGUAAGAGUCAUAGCGAAUGGAGUUUUGAGGGAGAUGGUUCUCCAAUAAGGUUGAUGGACUCUGCUAUGUGUCUAAAGGCAGAGGGUGAAGGGCUUCCUGCAACCCUCUCAGAACAUUGCCUGUCACCGCAAAGUUCCUGGAAAUCUGUCUCAAAGACUGGUCUUCACUUGGCCACCUCUCAUGGGAAUGGACCCCUUUUUUGCUUGGAAAUGGAGUCAGAUUCCUCCAAGAUAGUGACCAGAAAAUGCAUCUGCAUAGAUGAAAAUGAUUCUUCAUGUUUGGACAACCCCCAAAGCCAGUGGUUCCAACUUAUUUCAACCAAUUUUAGUUAGGAAUUAGGAUCAUGCAAAUUAAAUUUGGUAGGAAUCUAGAGUGUGUCGGUUGCACUACUACCUAGUCCCUUCAGAUUUUCAUAUUUUUCAGUCGUAGUAACUAGAAAGGUCAUUUAGGGACUACUCUUUUCAGUGGUAGUAACUAGUAAGGUCAUUUAGGUAAUAAUGUCGCUGUCUACUCUUUUCAGUGGCAGUAACUAGUAAGGUCAUUUAGGUUAUAAUGUCGUUGUCUACUCUAACUCUAUUGCAGCACCAACAUCAUGCUAUAUUAGU